AUGCCGCAGGACACGCGAGCCUCCGAACGCCCAGUGUCCGAGGACGGUGCCGGCAUGGCGAUAGACGAAGAGAACUUGGGCGAGCGAUUUCAGGACCAAGACCUUGAGCAUCUACUUGCUGAUGCUGCAGGAAGCCAUAUGACGACUGAGAGCACCGCUUUCCUGCCUCAAACGGCUCCCGGAAAGAGGCCGGCACGCCAGCUGCCAGGCGCGAAGAGUAGACCGAAGUGGAUGAAGGAAACGCUAGAAGAGGGGGAAGGGUUGGAGGAAGAUGACGAUGUGCCGGAGUCUCUACUGCUAGACGGCCAUAAGGGACGCGGUUUAUCUAGGGAGAACCGAGACAGGCGCCGCUUGGGAGCUGAGUUAGACAGCCUACCGCCUCCCGUUCCCGGACCAUCGACUCGCAGUACAAGAGCACAGUGGGAAGCAACGAGGGCACAGCAGCGGCUCCACGAGGACAACACUGAGAGGGCACUGCCAAAGGUACCCUCUUUGGGAGUGCACAGCCAUCUUGCGCUCACCAACCCGAGGGAUAGAGCUAUGUGGAGAUGGCUGCAAGUGCAAAAUUUGGACAAAUUCUUAAAUGAAGUGUAUUACUAUUACUACAAUCAUGGCAUGUGGUCGAUACUGCUCGCGCGAUUGAUCAUGCUUCUGAGGACCGCCUUCGUGGUUGGCUUCAUGACGUUCCUGUCAUUCUGCAUCGACUGGAAGGCGCUGCCGCACAGUAAGAGGAUGCCCGAGGUCAUCGUGCCGCAAUGUACUCAAAAGAUCCACGGUCUCUGGAACAUCGCCCUCUGGCUGUCCUCGUUCUUCUGGAUAUGCACGCUGUUUCGAUAUAUCUACGAAAUUCCGCAGUUGUGGCAGAUGCAUAACUUCUAUCGCCAUGUGCUUGAGAUUCCUGAUUCUGACAUACAAACAGUCUCAUGGCAAUACAUUGUGCAGCGUCUGAUGACAUUGCGCGACGCUAAUCCAGCGACCAACCAGACUUUGUCAAAUGCACGGCGUACCUGGCUUGGAACGCAAUCAAAACAACGAAUGGAUGCGCAUGAUAUCGCGAAUCGUCUCAUGCGUCGGGAUAACUACCUGAUCGCACUCUUCAACAAAGACAUUUUGGACCUGACGGUGCCGGUACCAUUCUUCGGCAACGUGAAGUAUUUCUCGAAAACGACCGAGUGGAACAUCCAGCAGUGUGUUCUGGACUUUGUUUUCGAUGACAACGGUCAAGUUAGGACAGCAUUCCUGGAUACCAAAUACCGCCGCCAGCUCAUCGAAAGUCUCAACCGUCGGUUUGUUUUUGCUGGAGCUGUCAGUAUCGUUACCGGGCCAGCUUCAGUAGUCUUCUUCUGCAUAUCGUACUUCUUCCGCUACUUUACCAGUUUCCAAAAGGAACCAUCGAAGCUGAGCUCUCGAGCAUUUACCCCGCUCGCCGAUUGGCACUUCCGAGAAUUUAAUGAACUCCCGCACUUCUAUCAACGACGGAAGAUGAUGGCGACCCCGUAUGCAGAUCAGUAUCUACAGCAAUUUCCCAAAGACAAGAUCGAACAGAUCUCCCACUUCGUGGCUUUCGUUAGUGGGGCUCUGGCAGCAGUGCUCGCUUUGGCCUCCUUCUGGGACUCUGAGCUCUUCCUUGGGUUCGAGCUUACGCCCGGCAAAACGGUACUCUUCUGGCUCGGAGUAUUGACCCCUAUAUACCUCGCCGCACGAAGCAGCACUUCCGAGGAUACCGUUGUCAUGGAUCCGGAGUAUGCUCUUGAGGGCGUGCUGCAGUUCAUGCACCAUUCCCCAGCGCAUUGGCAAGAUCGACUGCAUACCGACGAGGUCCGGAAAGAGUUCUCGGCUAUGUAUCAGAUGAAGGUCUUGAUCUUUGCAGAGGAACUCUUGAGCAUGAUCUUUACACCGCUUGUGCUGAUAUACAGUCUACCGAGGAGCAGUGAACGUAUCAUCGACUUCUUUAGGGAGUUUACUAUUCACGUUGAUGGAGUUGGCCAUGUAUGCUCUUUUGCAGUCUUCAACUUCAAGAGGCCGGGCGGACCAAAACCGAGAGCAAUACAACAAGGCCACGACACUGAGGGCCUUCGUGAAGAUUACUACUCCACGAAGGGGGGCAAGAUGGCCGCGUCAACGUACGGAUUCAUUGACACCUAUGGUCCGAAUCCGACUGCACAUGGUCGUAGCGCUUCUCUGGCAAACCUCCACGCAUCAGUGGCGUUUCCGGGCGGCGCAUCUCCCAUGUUAGUCGCACAGCCAGGGCUACCUGGUGCGAGACUUUCAAAUCUUCGCCAUUCAAUAUAUCAGAUGCACAGACCUGGACCUGCUCGAGGAGAGGCCCUGCCAAUGCACUCUGUGCUGCUUGAUCCGCACCACCAGCCGUCAAUGUCCGCUCUGCGCACUUCCCCACGCCAGGCUCCGCGAACACGGCAGCGAUCUAGACGCCGGCCACUGGCUGAAGCUGAUGAGCUUGACGAGGAACUAGAGGCUGGCCCAUCGGCACAACAGCAUCCUAUUUCGGUCAGCAAUGCUGUUGAUGAAGAAGACGGCUUAGGUGACUCUUGGAGAACGACUCGUGCAGCACAGUCUGGUGGAAACCAUGAAGACGAAGACACCGAUACAGGAGACGGAGGGAAGGGUGCUGGCGUUUUAGGCAUGCUGUAUCAGUUUCAGAAGGCACAGACUGAUGGAAGAGGCGUUGGUGUUUGA